UUGAGAGCAUUAAGCAACUGAAGGGAAGCAAAGGUGUUUUGCUGGUUUACUCUGUUAGGCCUCUUGGAAAUUACUUCAUUACUUUGGAAUAUUCCUUUACAGAAAGUACAAUUUUACCCAGAUGGUCGCAAUGGAAAAGUGUCUUAAAUGCUCAAGACUACAGCUGGCUGUGAUAUUUGUGGUAACAGUUUUUCGCAGUACAGAUUUUACACACGCUUUGCAGAUUACAUCCACAGGGCCUCAGACCAUUCAGAGAGCCCAGGGGGAGACAGUAAUGCUGGGGUGCAGCUACACCCUGGCUGUGUCUGACACAGGAGACCUGGAUAUUGAGUGGUUGAAUGUCCGUCCAGACAUGACACAGAAAGACCAGCUGGUAUUAUCUUAUACAGGAGGCCAGAUAACGCAUUACGGUGACCCUAGCUUGUCUUCAAGAUUGAACUUCAUGCAAGAUCCAACACUGGGAGAUGCAUCCAUUAACAUCACUGCAGUGAAGGCCACAGACACAGGCACCUACCAGUGUAAAGUCAAGAAGGCACCGGGUGUUGACAUGCGAAAAGUCACUCUGGUUGUAAUGGUCCAUCCAUCAAAGCCGAAGUGCUGGGUUAAAGGCAGCGAGGAGAAAGGGAGCGAUGUUUCCCUCCAAUGCAAGUCUUCCGUAGGAUCCAUCCCCCUGCUCUAUGUCUGGACCAGAGAGAGUGGAGGGCCUAUGCCAACUACAGCCACACAAAACUCACAAAAUGGAGAGCUGAUGAUAAGAAAUCUCUCAGAGAGCUACACUGGAAAUUACCUGUGUGUGGUGUCGAAUCCUGUGGGCAAAGAGCAGUGUAAAUUGACCCUGUACGCAUACGACCCUCCCAACAAAGUAGGGAUCAUUGUGGGUGCUGUGAUUGGUGCACUGCUGCUUUUGCUGCUCCUCCUGCUUCUAAUCUGGCUUCUGGUUUGCUGUUGCCACAAGCGUCGCUAUGAGAAGGAGGUUGCACAUGAAAUCAGGGAGGAUGCACCAGCCCCAGAGAGCCGCUCUGCCAGCAGGAACUCCAGCUUCCGCUCGGUCCUAGGCUACCGCUCCCACGCUGGGGUGGUCUACAGUUCUGUGAGAAAUGGCCAGCCCAAAAGGACAGAGUCAAGCCACAGCAGCAUCUACAAAGGCCAGAGAAAUGGCACGCCAACACCCAACGAGCAGAAGGUCCCCCCAAUGCCACCUCCUGUGCUGAAAUAUGACAGCAAAUAUGGCUACCCUGUUUAAUAUUUUUAUGAGUUGGUAUAAAGUAUCAAUGUGAAAUGUCUUACUGCUGAUUUAAGAUAUUCUGAUUAUCUUCAGUACAAUUCACAUAACAUGCAGGCCCAGCAGUACAGGCAGAGAUCGGCAGUAUUUGUUACAAUUUAUAUUUCACCUGAAAAUCCAAUGUCUUUUGUCCCUUGAUACUUUUGAGACCUGCAAUUUGGAUUUGAUUUGUGCUUAAAAUAUAAUUCUGCAACCCAUUUUCCAUUUGGAUCAAAAGUCAAAUGGGCCUAUGGUGUGAUGCUUCUGGUAAAUUAUGAAAUAUAAAGCAUGCUGACCAUUAUUUUGAUGAGC